GUAACUCCGGGUUCGCGUAAGUCGGAGUAUUACUGUAUUUUAUGUUUAAAUGCAUUGUGUAGUGUGUUAUUUCCUGAUCUCCCUGUCUCUCUAACUUUCCCUCCUCCAUCUGCCCACAUUUAUUCCCAUACGUAGCGGCAUGCGCGCGUUCCACAAAUGCGCGGAAAGCACAAUCGAAGGUUUCUGUGUUUGCCAGAAUACACAGUGGUGUCAGAAGCAUAAUAUGGGGGCGCUUCACAGAUUCCACACAAUUAUUAUGAAUUAUUAAUUUCAAUUACUGUAGUCUUGUAGUAGCUAGUUCGCAUGAGUUCUAGGCUAUAUCGCCCCAUGAUAAAGUGUGACAUAAUUGUCAUGUAAUAGUAGUUGUAUGCAUUUAUGAUGGUAGUAAUGCAGAGAAUAAUGCCAUCUGGGAGGUCUUUUAAGAUUAAUUGAUCCUUAUUCUGUGUUACAGAUGUGGAGAAAACCCAGAAAACUCCACAUGGCCAGCCCGUCCAAGCAAGGUGCGAACCCACAACCGAACUCCCAGUGUUCAGGGGACAGAACCGCUUGGCCACUGAAAUUGUUCAACCAUCAGCAUCUUCUCUAUAUAAAAUGGAAAAUAUACCUGGAUAUGAAGGAGUUACAACUACACCAAAAACUGUAGUACCGCCAAUUAAUUCAGGUCGUCCAAGUGUUCCUCCUACUAUAAAUCCUCAAACUGUUCAAAGAAGAGUAGGAUUAACAGAGGAAGAAGUUCGAGAAGCACUUAUUGAACAUGUUUCUCAACAUUGUUGUUAUGGAAGUGAUCCAGCUAAAAAUAUGGUUAUUAGAGAUAUCACAAUGUCAAGUGCAUUUCAUUAUAAAUUAGAAACAUUUGGAGAAAGUCGUGAAACAACAUGGGCACACACUCCAUACAAUGGUAAUUUUUGCUUUUCUUUUUAAGAACCACCAAACAUUUAUCAGAGUAGGCAAGAAAGUCCAGAUUAAUUUACAUGUAAAAGACAAUCUCACAUAUAGGAUGAGGUGUGACUUUAAAGAUCAAAAUAAAGAAAAUUAUAUUU